GGGCGCUUCGCAGGAAAACCACGCCGCCGAUUGUGAUGCCUAUCCUGCCGUAUUUAUAGUACGCGACCGUCCAUCGAGGCAGCCACAACUUAUCAUACCGCAGACGGUUAUUUACAUACACAGAAUUUAUCGGAGUUAAAGAGCAAUUUCGACGCAAGUUUGUUUCCAUAUCGAUUUUGCAAAACGAAGAAGAACGGCUUAAGAAAAAUGAAGAGCGUGGUGAUCGUUUGUCUUAUGUGUUUGGUGGCCGUCCACGGAUUGCCAGCCAACAAAAAAGAUGAAGUUGAAGUGAUUCCAGCUAGGGGAAACCAAGGAGACCAACCCGUCGUGGACACCGGAAUCUUCACUACCAGCGACGCAGGAUUCGGCUUAAACUUCGACCUCCUACAAGGAUUGAUGACCAGAAUACGACAACAAAUGGACCAACUGAUCAGGAACUUCCCGUUCCCCGGUAGCUCUAACGAAACCGAUAUCGCUGGAUUCCCCGACUUCUCCAUUGGCGGUCCCCAAUUCCCACCAAUUGAUUUAGGCAAAGGCAACACCACUUCCGUCACCAAGAUAAUUGACGGACAUAAAGUGGUGAUCAACGAGACAGAGUACCAGAAACAAGACGACUUCGGCGGUUCGUUCUUUAAAGUGAGAAUCAUAGACGUCCAACCUGAUAGUAACGAAACAUCCGACGAGGUUCCAGCAACCGCUGUGACCAAAGACAGAGAACCUCUCGAGAACAACAACAGCUUCGAAAACGAGAUCCCGAAAGGAACCGAGGCUCCUACCUUACAAAAACUCGAACAAUUUGACGAAACGGACAGUCCCAUCAUGAGUACUACAGAUUUCCUCGAUGAAAACACCCUAAAUCCCACUGAAAUAGAUCUUAGCGGAGAUAUUUUGGUUAACGAUAUGGUACCCAGUUCUUAUUCCAAUCCCGAUGCAGAAACAAUACCUAAUCUAUCAGAAUUCGAACCGAUAGAUUUGAGUGGUGACAUAAAAGUUAAUGAAAUAGCUGCCAGACAAGGGUGGCCUUUGAAUCCCGAUGUGGAAUUCGUUGUUGGAAAUGACGGGAAACCCAUUCAGCCCGGCUUUUAUCACUACGAAACAGCUCCUGAAGAUAAUAUCGAAACCUUUGAUGAGAUUGACGGCGAGAAAGAAUCUCCUUAUAGAGAAAGUCUUGCUGAAUCAUUCGAAGACAAUUCACUUUCAACUCCGGUCGAAACAAAGACGGUUGAUUUAAGUGAUGAUACCCUGGUAAAUGAUUUAUUGGCAAGAAAAAUGGCAGCUCUGAAUCCCGACGCAGAAUUCAUACCAAAUUCUCAACUGUACUCAAAAGUCAAUCCUCGUUUCGAAAGACUGGAAAGUUUAGAUGAUGAGUCUAAAGAUCUUAGCGGUGACACAUACGUAAAUGAAUUUGCUUCGAAUUCUGGUUAUCCGAUAAAUCCUGAUGCGGAAAUUAUUGAUGUGAACGGGGACUCAGUGCAAGGACCUAAGUAUGAGUACAGUUAGAAAACGGAGAUUUUUCUCUUGACAGAGUUGAGACUGAAUUUGUUGGUUGUCUUGUAAAUGUGCGAUUCAAGAACGUUCUUGCCAAAGAUUAUUUAUCAUUGUUGCCAUUGUCUAACAAAUUAAUGUAAUAUUGUGUGAUAUUAACAUAGAUGAAGUCUAUGAAAAUUAAUGUCUAAACGUUUGUAGUUUAGUUUUACUGUUUUUAAAAGGCACCACUCUAAUUUAUUGUUGGGAUUUAGAGGCUAAUUAAUUUAUUAUCGGACAUCACUUGGAACUACUUAUUUUUGUAUUUAUUUAUUUUUAAUAAAUUGUAGUUUUUUAUAA